AUGUCAAUCAUUCCACCAUCUGGUUCACUUGUUCGAUUUGAUAAUCCAACAUUGAUAACAGCACAAAAUGAAAAAGAUCGUAAAGCACUCGGCGCUAGUAAACAACAAACAGCAUUAGAUCAACAAAUGAUGGAUGUUACUGGUGGUGCUGGUACAAGUUCACCACAAUUAGGUAGAAAACAACAGGCUAUGAAAGAUUUAUCAUUAGAAGAAAUUCUUGAUAAAAUUCUUCCACCAAAAAUAACAAAAGAUCCAAAUAACUCAGAUUUACUCUAUUGUCAACGUAUAUCAUCAACACCAGCAACACGUCUUGAUGUUAUUAAUUUACAAGAACAAUUGGAUAUGCGUUUACAACAACGACAAGCUCGUGAAACUGGUAUAUGUCCAGUGCGACGUGAACUUUUUUCACAAUGUUUUGAUGAACUUAUUCGUCAAGUUGCUAUUAAUUGUGCUGAACGUGGUUUACUUCUUCUACGUGUACGUGAUGAAUUACAAAUGACUUUACGUGCCUAUCAAACACUUUAUGAAAGUAGUGUAGCAUUUGGUAUGCGUAAAGCAUUAAUGGCUGAACAAGGCAAAUCUGAAUUAGAACGAAAAUUAGUACAACUUGAAGAAGAUAAGCGUGAUCUUGAACGACAACUUAAAGAAACAAAAGCAAAUGCAGAAGCAGCUGAAAAAAAAUUAAAUGAACAACGACAAGUUGAAGAAAAAAAACAUAUGGAAGAAAUAAAUUUUUUGAAAAAAACAAAUCAACAACUCAAGGCUCAAUUGGAAGAAAAACGACAACGUCAAUCAUCACCACCUCCAGCACCACCACCGCCAUCAUCACUCAAAUCUCAUUUAGCUCAACGAUUACAAAGAUUACGUAGUGGACAACGAGAUCUGUGGGCGGAUGAUAAUGAUGAUAAUACUACUAAUCAAAAAAAGAAACAAUCAAAAACAACAAAUAAUAAAAGAACAUAUAUUAUUUUAUCAGAUUCUGAUGAGGAACGAUCAUCAUCAUCACAAAGACGAUUACGAAAUACUAGAUCAAGAAAAAAAUUAUCACGAAAUCAUGAUGAAAAUGUUAAUAAAAAUGCAACAUGUUUAAUUUGUUCAAUUUUAUCUCAAUUAUCAUCACAUAAUUGUUGUUCAGAACAUUUAUCUAUUCUUAAAAAUCAUUCCGAUCAUCAACAACGAACAACUAAUUCUCAAUGGUUACCAGAUAAGGUUAUGAUUGUACCUGUAACAGAUGAACUUGUUCAACGUUAUCUUGAUCCAGAACAAAUUUAUAAUUUACGAACACAAACAUCAAUAACAAAUAAAAAAACUUCUGAACCUAUAACAUCAGUAAAUUAA